CAAACCAUCACAAAUCUCUCACACCAAGGGUGCAUUUACCAAUCAGCUGAUUAGUGAUUACUUUGACAUUGGAGUGACAUUUUGGGCAUAGCGAAAACGCUGCAGCAAUCAUCUGGCAAUAUUUUUAUUGGUUUAGUUAAAAAAGUAAAUAAAAACCACGCAGAAAAACAAAUCUUAUAUAAGGAUAUCGCAGUGAGGGCUGCAAGAGUAUCCGAAGCACCCCUAGAUAUUGCUCUUCAAAUAGUUUGAUCUCACUUGCACUUAUAAAAGAAUUGAUAUUUUGAAAAAUGCGAUCCCGAAGCAAUUCAGGCGUCCGCCUGGAUUAUUAUCAGCGUAUUGUUCACCGUCUGAUCAUGGCACACCAGGAACCUGUAACUGGAUUAUUCCCAGCUUCCAAAAAUAACAGCCAUGCUUGGAUUCGUGACAAUGUCUAUUGUAUUCUGGCUGUAUGGGGUCUGUCAAUGGCUUAUAAGAAGAUUGCUGAUCAAGACGAGGAUCGUGCCAAAUGCUACGAACUAGAGCAAAGUUGUGUAAAAUUAAUGCGAGGCUUGCUUAUGGCAAUGAUGAACCAAAAGGAUAAGGUGGAACGCUUUAAGAUGACACAAAAUCCAUUAGACUCAUUGCACGCAAAAUACUCGAGUAAAAACGGUCAGCCUGUGGUCGGAGACGGCGAAUGGGGUCAUUUACAAAUUGAUGCAGUUUCGCUGUAUCUUUUGAUUUUGGCGCAAAUGACAGCAUCUGGAUUGCAAAUUGUAUUUUCUCUGGACGAAGUAUCUUUUAUACAAAACUUGGUAUUUUACAUCGAGUCUGCAUACUGCAUUCCCGAUUAUGGUAUAUGGGAGCGAGGCGACAAAACAAAUCACGGCGAACCUGAACUAAAUGCAAGUUCUAUCGGCAUGGCUAAAGCAGCUUUAGAAGCUAUGAACGAAUUGGAUUUAUUUGGGGCUCGAGGUGGCCCAGCAAGUGUUAUACAUGUUUUAGCAGAUGAAGCGCACAAAUGUCAAGCUGUUUUGCAAUCCAUGCUGCCACGCGAGUCAAAUAGCAAAGAACUGGAUUCAGGAUUACUAUGCGUAAUAGGUUUUCCGGCUUUUGCCGCUGAUGACCCCCAACUGAUCCGUAACACAAAAGAUGCAAUUUUGUCUCGACUUCAAGGAAAGUAUGGCUGCAAACGCUUCCUACGGGACGGUUAUCGUACGCCCAAAGAGGACCCAACCCGAUUGUACUACGAACGGUGGGAGUUGCGCAUGUUUGAAAACAUUGAAUGCGAGUGGCCGUUGUUUUUUUGUUAUCUAAUACUAUUCCAUUCUUUUCAAAAUGACAAAUUGUCCGUUAAAGAGUACGCUGAUCGCCUUGAGAAAAUUAUGGUCCGAUCAGAAGAUGGAACUUUGCUUAUACCAGAAAGUUACGCAGUCCCAAUUGACUUAGUACCGAAUGAGUAUCAACAUCCCGGUUCUCAACCACGUGAAGUUGUGGGCAGAUGUCCAUUUCUUUGGGGUCAAUCUUUAUUUAUAUUAGGCCGCCUUUUGCAGGAGGGCUUUUUGGCAGUUGGUGAGCUAGACCCUCUCAAUCGACGUUUGGGUGCUCAGAAAAAACCUGACGUAGUUGUUCAAGUGGUAAUCAUAGCUGAGGAUAACGAAAUACGUGACAAAUUGACGGAACAUGAUUUACAUGUACAAACAAUAGCAGAGGUAGCGCCAAUCGAAGUACAACCGGCGCGAGUACUCAGCCACUUAUACACGUAUUUAGGUCGUAAUCGCAAAUUAGGGUUAACUGGGCGUAAGUCUCGAGAUGUCGGUAUAUUGAGCACAAGUAAAUUAUACUCUCUAAAGGACCGUAUAUUUGCGUUUACACCACAAAAUAUCGACUAUGAAGAAUACUACACCACUCGUGAUCCCGACUUGCUUGCUAGCAAUUUCACAACAAAUUUAGCUUUUUUAACAAACAAUUGGCGGCACAUGUUAGGAAGACCGACCAUAACUCUAAUGGCCACACAUUACAUGCUAGACCAAGAUAAAAUACCUCUGGCCAUGAUUCAGACAAUGCGUAAGCUCAAGUCCGGCUAUAUUAACGGCACGCGUGUAAUGUUGAGUAAUCUCAAAGAUUUCCUGAAUACGUCAGCUAUCACAGACCUGAGUUUUUUGGGCAGCACCGAAGAUGGCUACCCCGAUCGCCUACAUCCCGAUGUCCAGGCCUAUUUGGACGAACAUUUGUUGCGCUCAUUCAGUCAUCGCGGUAUGAUGAAGCUACACGGUGGCCACCUACGACCGCGCCAGUUACGUAGGCGCAUGUCUUGCAAGGGUGCCAUUAAAAAGACGCGUUCGAUAAAUGUCGAUUCUGACAACCUGGGUAUGGAAGGGCCAACACCAUUAAUAGAAAGGCGACUUUCUUCGGUGGUGCCACCGCCAUGGCUGCAAUCAAAUAAAGCAAACAAUAUCAGUGUAUUUGACACAACACCGGAGGAAGGGCCUCCUAAUUUGGUAAUAGAUCCGCUGAUUCGCGAAAAUAUCUACCCCAUUGAUCCACAUCAUAAUCGCUCGGCUAUUGAACGUCGCAGUGAGUUUACAAGACAGCAAGAAAUACAAGCUAUACCGAAAAUUCUCGUUCAACGCCAUCGCACGGAUACAAAUUUCGCUGAUACAGAAGUGGAGGAACUGAUUGCAAUGCUGCGUGAGACGGAAAAUCUCGAAGAACAAGGCGACAUUUUGCAAUACUUGGUCGACACCCAAGGUUUGGACUUCAAUACGGCUGGCUUAGGUUUGAAGAAUAAGGAUUCCGAUAUUGAGCACGAGGAUGCGGACGAGGGCAUUGCUAAGGACGAGUUAGGUGGACAUACUGAACUCUUGCCAACAGUCAUCAUUGAAGCAAGUAAUACUAAUUCUUCACUUCUUCCACUCGAAGGGAUGCUGGAGGAAGGCCGCGUAGUUACGGUGCGUGAUCUCCUCAAAGGCCUCUAUGAAAAGGCAUGUCAACAAAAGCUGUGGGGCCUAGUGCGUCACACAGCCGGUAUGUUGGGCAAACGUGUGGAGGAUCUAGCUAAGGCAGUAACGGACUUACUCGUGCGCCAGAAGCAGGUGACUGUAGGAAUGCCACCAAACAAUGAAUACACGAUUACAGCACCUUUACCGGAACUUGAGCUGCGCCAGCUAAUUCACGAUACUUAUGGCGACGAUGAGAGUACCGCUAUGCUUACCCAAGAGUUAAUGGUAUACCUUGCCAUGUUUAUACGCACCGAACCACAACUCUUCCACGAAAUGUUGCGCCUGCGAGUAGGCCUCAUUAUACAAGUUAUGGCUAAAGAAUUGUCGCGUACCCUCAACUGUGACGGUGAAGCGGCUUCAGAGCACUUACUCAAUCUUUCACCAUUUGAAAUGAAGAAUUUGCUCUACCACAUACUUAGUGGAAAAGAGUUUGCUGUAAGCAGUGUUGCACGGGGCAAUCUUUCCAUCGUUAGCUGUAAGUCAAGUCGGGUCAGCAAGAAAAGCCAAAUUGGUUUGGGCGAACAAGAGGGCGACGAUGCGAUUAUUGCAACUAUCGACGAUCGUCAAGGUCAAUGGUUGCGUCGCCGGCGCUUGGAUGGUGCCCUAAAUCGUGUACCACGUGAUUUCUAUUCUCGUGUUUGGAGUGUACUUGAAAAGUGCCAAGGGUUGGCUAUUGAAGGUCGCAUACUACAGCAGAGUUUGACGCAGGAAAUGACUCCAGGCGAGUUGAAGUUCGCUUUGGAAGUUGAAACUGCACUGAAUCAAAUACCACAACCCGAAUAUAGGCAGUUGGUAGUUGAGGCUCUUAUGGUGCUUACACUAAUGACAGAACACAAUAUGGUUCCCUCUCUGGGCGGCAUAAUCUAUGUGGAACAUUUGGUACACAAAGCCAAUCAACUUUUCCUAGAGGAUCAACGGAAAGUCCAGGGCGAUGCCAUGUUGUGCUGCGCAAAGUCCAAAGAGGGCAAGGAUCAACAAGCAGCUUCUGGUAUGCUUCUAUGUGGGGGUGCUGCUUACAUUUGCCAACAUCUUUAUGACAGUGCACCCAGUGGUAGUUAUGGUACAAUGACUUAUAUGGCUCGUGCUGUCGCACUUGUGCUGGAUUGUGUUCCAAAGCAUGGAGAGAUGGAAUGUGUAAUAUCUUAAAUCUGUUAACAGAAACUUCAGAUACUUGGUCAGCCACUACUUCGCUCUAUUGAAGCCAUUAUUAAGUCAGAUGCUGGCUGCCGUCGUUUUUUUUUUAUUAAAUUUUGUGUGUUUUUAUUUCGACUUCGAAGGUCUACAUACAUAAAUGAUUAAGCAACUACGAAUUCAAAAACUAUUUUACUUAAAAUGCUCGAACGAUAGUACGAUAUUUUAAAAGGAUACAAAUAUUAAUGACUAUGUUUUCGACAGGAAGGAGCACAUUUGACACCGUUUUUGGUAUUUUUGCGGUUUAAGUUUUUAUUCAAAUAAAGUUAUUAUGCAAAUGUAUUUAAACAAAUUUUGAUUUAAGUUAUUAACAAAUUUAUUGUAAAUUAAAAUGAGAAUGUGCUUAGAGCUAGCACGCUAUUCUGAAUACUUCGUGCUGUAAAGUAAUAGCUAAAACCAUUAAGGGGCUAAUUGGGUAAUUCCAAUUUCCAUUUGUUAAAUACAGUUAGGCGACCAA